AUGGUCGAUCGGGCCGCCGCGCGGGCACAGGCGGCGAGCUCCGACCCGCCGCCGCCUCCACCGCCGGAGCCCGACCCGCCGCUCCGCCAGCCCGCCGCCGCUGAUGGGCAGGAGGCCGCUUCGGCGGGGGCGGCCACGGGCCCGCAUCCCCCGCCCCGGGCCGGCGACGCUGACGAGGAGGACGCUCUGGCCUCGCCGGUGGGGCAGCCGGGCGAGCGGUGCAGGGCGAUGAUGGAGGUGGUGGCCAAGGACGGGGCGGGCGGGAAGUGGAAGGUGACCAAGCUGGUGGUGGAGCACAGCCACGAGCUGCAGGUCGCCCCCGGGGAUGUCGCGGCGACCGUGCCGGCGGUGGGGAUGGAAUUCGACUCCGUCGACGACGCCAAGGGGUUCUAUUAUGUCUACGGCGAGCGGCUAGGGUUCAAGGCGCGCAUGGGCUCCAACCGCCGCUCGGUGGGCGACGGCGAGAAGAUCCUGCAGCGGUUCCUCUGCUGGAAAGGCAAUUAUGCGAAUAGGAGUAAAGGGAAGGAUUCGGAUGCAGGGAAGGAGGCAGAGGAGGUGGUGGAGGAGGGAACUUCUGCUGCUGCUGCUCCGGGGAAGAGGAAGAGGGAGCCUUAUAAGACUAGGAGCCGCAAUCCUGUGAUUGAAGUGGAGAAAGGUGUUGGGUUGGGUGGUGCUGGGAAUGGGCUAGAGCUGCAGAAUGGGAAGCGUUCCAGGAGGGGUAGGAGUAAGAAGGCCGCGGUGGAGCAUGGUGAAGAGUCUGUUGUUGGGUUUGAGGCAGAGAAGGAGGUAGCUGAAGAGGUUUCUGCUGCUUCUGAUGGUGACGGCGAAGAGGGUGAAGGGGGGGAGGAUCAGGAAGGAGUGGAAGAGGAGGUCGAGGUGGAAGUGAAGGAAAAGAGAGGGAGAGGGAGGCCAAGGAAGGCUGUUAUGGAGGACGAUGCGCUGCAGGCACGCGUCUUGAGGGAGCUUGGUGUAAGGGCAUCGCAGUACAGUAACGAGGAGAGAAAGAAGAUACUCAAUAAGUACCGCUCUAAACGGCAGAGCAGACCUGCCUCCAGCAGGCCUACCAAGAUUGCUUCAAGACAAGCUUUGGCUGAAAGGUGUAAGCGUGGUGAUGGAGGUAUAUUUCUGUCAAGUGAAGAACAGCUGCCUUCACAGCUGCCUUCAGAAAGGCGUUCCAAACGUCUUGAGAAGCAAAAUCUCAAAAUGGAGAAGGCGGAGAGCAAAGAAGACAAAACAAUGGAAGCAGAACCAGAUCCAGAAAUUGAAGUAGUCCCUGGACCUGGGGGAGAACCAAAGGUUGGGAUGGUUUUUCUGAAUGAGGAUAAGGCUUAUGAAUUCUAUGUCAACUAUGCUGGAACUGCAGGGUUCAGUGUCCGAAAAGGCUGGUUGGACAAAACAGCAAAGAAUGUUACAAAAUCUCGAGCAUAUGUUUGUUCCAAGGAGGGAUUUCGUCCAAAAAGUGCUUCUAUCGAAUUAAAGAAACCAAGACCAGAAACAAGAACUGGUUGCCAGGCACACAUGACUAUUAAGAUCACAGCAAGUGCAAAAUAUGUAGUGACUGAGUUUGUGGCUGAUCAUAAUCAUGAUCUUGAAACUCCCUUGAUUGACAUUCAGAUUUUGAAGUCACAAAAGUUAUUAGCAAAGGUACAACAGCCUCCUGAUCCACCAAAAGUUGUUUUGAUACCAAAUGAGUAUAAAAAUUACACAAGGACAAAACAUACAAAAGAUAUGCAAUUAGGUGAUACCCAGGCCAUCUGUGAAUAUUUACAUAGGAUGAAAGGCGAGAAUCCUUCUUUCUUUUACGCCAUUCAAGUAGAUGAAGAUGAUCAGUUUGCAAACGUGUUCUGGGCUGAUGCUAAAUCAAUAAUGGAUUAUAACUACUUUGGUGAUGUAGUGUGUGUUGACACAAGAUAUUGCACAAGUGACUAUGGGAGACCUCUGCUGUUAUUUACUGGUGUUAAUCAUCAUAAGCAGCUGAUAAUAUUUGGUUCAGCGCUGAUUUAUGAUGACUCAGUCCAAUCCUUUAGAUGGUUGUUUGAGACCUUCAAAUCUGCUAUGAGUGGAAAGCAACCAAAAACAGUUUUGACUGAUCAGUCUGCUGCACUUAGUGAUGCAGUUUCUUCUUCUUGGCCUGGGACCACCCACCGCUUCUCACUACUGCAUCUGUAUCUGAAUGCUACUGAGUUAUUGAGGGAUACCUUCCAAAGCUCGGAGACUUUUGCAUCAGAUUUUAGUAGGUGGCUGUAUGAAUGUGAGGAGGAUGACUUCUAUUCGAGCUGGGAAAUCCUUUCAGAGAAAUACAAUAUAAAGGAUAAUGAAUGGCUCUGUAAAUUGUAUGAGGAUAGAGAAAGAUGGGCUUUGCCAUAUGGGCAUGAUACGUUCUGUGCUGAUAUUGCAACCACACUAAGGAGUGAUAACACGGAUACCAUCCUGACAGAUCUUCUUAAACCACAAAUAGAUCUUCAAAACUUCUUCAACAAUUAUGAUAAGUUUUUGGAGGAGAAACGCCUAGCUGAACAACAAGCCGACUACCUUGGGGCUCAAAUAGCACAAAGAGUAGCACCACUUCAUCUGCUUUGGCAAGCUGCCAAUUCAUAUACUCCAACACUUUUUGAAAUGUUCAGGAUGGAAUAUGAACAGAUCUCAAAGUGCAUGGUCUAUAGCUGUGGCGAGAUUGGACCAAUAUCUGAGUACCAGGUAACUGUCAAAGACAGGCCUCGGGGUCAAUUUGUUAGAUUUGAUUCAACAGAAUGUAUGGUUGUUUGUAGUUGUAAGAAGUUUGAAUUCAUGGGUCUUCUUUGUUGCCAUGUAUUGAAAAUUCUUGAUCUCAGAAAUAUUAAAGAACUUCCACCACACUAUAUCCUGAAAAGAUGGAGAAAAGACGCUCAGAGUGAAUCUCCAGAGAACUAUGGUUUUGCCGCCAUAGAUGAAGAUCCCAAGUUUUCAUUGUCAAAACGGUACAACACAUUAUACCGGAAUUUGUAUAAAAUUGCGGCAAAAGCUUCAGAAAGCGUUGAAGCUUAUGCAUUCCUGGAGAGCCAAUAUGAACAGCUUGUUGAACAAGUGGAGGUACUUUUGCAAGCAAAGUUGCAUGAUAAAUCUUCCUUAAGUGCUGUCCUGAAAGGCAAUCAGCCAAAUCUGCUUAAUAGUGAGGUCAGCAGCAGUGAACAUCGCAGAGGAACUGGUAAGAAAAUUAAAAAUACAGAGGUGCGCCGUCAGCAACAAAGUCCUCUUGAUCCAAACAAAAAGAAAAAGGGUAGACAAGGUCUGCUGGAACCUGAGGAGAUUGAAAUUCCACUCAGGGUUGAUCCUCCUGCAGUGUCAAAUGAUAUCCAAAAUCAUUUAAGAACUCCAACAAAUCAGUUUCUUGCACCAAGCCAUAUGAUGCAGGCCCCUUAUGUUGCACAGCAGUUUGGUCUUGGUUCUCUACAAGGAUUCCCAGGCAUGUCACCAUUUGGGCAGAUUCAAGAAUCAACACAUCUUCAGCAGUCUCAUUUACAACCACCACCCUUUCAUAGUGGUCCUCCAAUUACACAGGCUCCACCUCCAGACAUUCAAUCACUCCAGUUUCUUAGCAGUAAUCCUCAACUGGGCCACCAGACCACGGAUCAAGGCCAGUACACCAUUCCUGUCUGGGAUUUCCUGUGA